AUGGCCACUGGCAUGCUUGUAAUGAGCUAUUCUGCACCAGCAACCCUAACAGCGAAAGCUGCCCAUGAUCACCACUGCUAUGGCAGAAGCCGGAAAGUGGGGACGAAUAUUAUUGUCUCCAUGCCAGAGAAUGGAGGUGUAGUACUCUCGGGAAAUACUCAGAGACGGGUCAGGCAGCUGUGGAGGGGCUCUAUCCAUGGUCCUCUGAGAGUUAGGGGUUUGGCCGGAAUCACAUUUUGUCUUGAUUCGUUUGUGCGCAAAACAACGGUGGCUGGGCCUUUCCAACCUGCCGAGUGCUCGGCCGGGAGGCUGAUCAUUCCCAUCUUCUUCGGCGUCGAGCCUUCUCAUGUUCGUCACCAGGCUGGGCCUUUCCAACCUGCCUUUAAAUCAUACCACAAUGACAAGAAAGUGGACAAAGCAGAAGUGGACAAGUGGAGAGAUGCCUUCAAGACAGUAGCCAAUAUUUCAGGCUACAGCCUCAAGGAUGACGCCACUUGGCAUGAAGCAAUGCUGGUGGAGAAAGUUGUCCACCACCUCCAGCGGCAUCUAGACAGUGACCAUCUGUUUGUGGCAGACAAUCCGGUUGGAAUGGACUCUCGCACCAAGGACAUGAUGAAGCUGCUGCAAAUUGAAAGAAAUGGUGUAAAGAUUGUUGGACUUGUGGGUACAGGCGGCAUUGGGAAAACAACCAUUGCCAAGGCUGUUUUCAACGAAUUGUGCCCAAAAUUUGGGUCAACCACCUUUCUUUCAAAUAUUAGGGAGUCUUGGAAACAUGCGUUGUCAAAGAUGCAACUAAUGAAGCAACUCAUGGAAGAGAUCAUGGACGACAGAGUCACACAAAUACACAACCUUGAUGCUGGGCAGCGCCUGUUCAGAGAUAGAAUUCCUCCUAAAAAAGUUCUAAUAGUAUUGGAUGACGUUGACCAUCUGAAUCAAUUGGUUCUAAUUGGAGAUAUGCUUUUCAGAGCAGUCAUCAACAACAAGACAUGUACGAAACAGGACAUGUACGAGGACAUACAAUGGAAGGUUGUUGCAGUCACGGGUGGGUUGCCAUUGGCCCUAAGAGUUUUUGGAUCGUACCUCUCUGAUAAGAGCGACCGGGAUGAAUGGAAAGAUUAUUUGGAUAAGCUGCAACAGACCCCAGAUCAAGACAUCCAGAAAUGUUUGCAAAUAAGUUAUGAUGGACUGUAUGGAGUUGAGAAAGAGAUAUUCUUGGACAUCGCAUGCAUCUUCAUUGGCCAUGAUCAACGAAGGAACGAUGUCAUAGAAGGCAUCAGUCUUGGCAGGACUGGGGAAGAAUGUUUAAGUGCUGGAGCCUUUGGACAGAUGACAAGCCUAAGAGCUCUUUGGCUCAAUAAGGUGAACUUAGAAGUUGACAAAAUUGAAGUACCUAAUAUCUCACCAUUUCUGAAUUUGGAGAAGUUGCCCGAUGCCAUUUGUCAAUUAACUUUACUUCAAACUCUUCACAUAAAACAAUUCCCAAGACUUGAAUCUCUACCAGAGCGGUUGGGGAACUUGAAGUUGUUGAAUACGCUUGAACUUGAGGAGUUGGCAAUCACAAGUAUACCUUCUUCAAUUGGACAGCUAAUAAAGCUCCGUGAGAUGUAUUUGAGGAAGUUAGAUAGGUUGCCGAGUUUGCCUGAUUCAGUUAGUAGUUUGAAUUCUUUGCAAUUAUUCAAUGUUGAAGGCACCGACCUAAAAGGAAUUAAGAUAGACGGUGUGGAUCUCAUGGACAUUGAAUGA